GGCCAAUGGAAGGAAAGCUCCAUCUUAGCUGUGCCAUAGGCUGCACUAAAAAAAGGGACCAGAACGGCGCUCUCUCAGCAUCCUUUCACACAAGAGCUCCCAAAUCUGUGCCAGUGAGCAUACCCAGGCAGCUCCUCAAGGAUGGCAACCCUCAACAGCACCCACUGGAAUGAAACUACUACAUCCAUCUCCCAGUAUCUGGGCUUCCAAGUGCAAAGAAUUUACCCUUUCCAUGACAACUGGAACACUGCCUGCUUUGUCAUCCUGAUCAUAUUCAUCUUCACUGUAGUUUCUCUGGUGGUGCUGGCUUUCCUGUAUGAACUGCUGGACUGCUGCUGCUGUGUGAAAAACAAAACUGUGAAGGACUUGGAGAACGAGCCCAAUCCUGUCAGAGCAAUGCUGAACAGCUUCAGGAAGCGAGACACAGAGGUGGUGUAGGAAGCACUGAGCACCUGCACUUGGACAACUUGGUUUGACACCUGGAAUGAAGCCUCCUGUAGCUUACAAACAAGCAAGUUGUGUGCUUUUUUCUUUUGGACUUAAAUAUCCACAGUGGCAGUUUUAUCUCUGGAUGUGAGCUGGAAUAAUUGGCAAAGGUUUUCCAAGUGCUCAGCAGAAAGACAAUCUACUGCAGUGUUAUGGGAGGGAAAAAGAUUGUUGCUUUUAGAUGAACUGUUGCUGUUUAUAUUGAGUGACUAGCAUAGAAUUUUGUCUACCUGACCGAACAAAUGCUGCCUAACGUGCAUAAAACUCUGUUGCUUAACUGAAGAAAGCAUUUAUAAAAUGUCCAACAGUCUGAUCACAUUCCAUGCAAAGACAGCAGUGUUGUCCCACUGAGUCAACCACACAGGGACAGGACAGACAGAUAAGGGGUAAGAAAAAAGUUGGGAGAGGAGGGCUGAAGGGCAAGAGGGGACAGGGCGCAUUCUAGCCUUUGGCAGUGCUUUUUAUUAAGGGUUUCUUGCUUUUAGAAGAGAGGGUGGUGGGAGGAAGACUAAGCCAACAAGAAAUGUAUCCCUAAAAUGGUCUCUUCUAGUUCUCCUAAGGGUAGUUUGACCCUUUCUUCCCCCACUUCUCCAGUUCCAGGGAGCUGUUCUUCCCUUACUUCAUAUGCAGUCUGGCCAACAAUUUCUGGGUGCUGACACCUGCAUAACCCACUACCUUCAGAACAUCUGACCCUAUCCAAAAAUACUGCUGGAAAUGAACAGGGACAAUUCUCUGCCUCAAGGCUGCUGCUUCUGUGGCAACCACAACACUACAGGGAGUGGGACAUGCCGGAUCUAUCACCCCUAUCCCAAACUUUCAAAGCCAAACUGGAACUGGUGGAGUUCUUGCCAAGAGCACAGGGAGACGGGCCACAGCCCUCCCACACUGAAGAGGGGGAUUGCACCCAGCCCAGGUGCAGAUUUCAGCACUUUGCACAAGAGAAUCUCACUUGACUCAUCUCACUUGACUUCAUCUGCUUGCUGACACACCCAGAGUUCACACUCACCCCUUGCUCAUGUCCUGGCCACAGAACUCUCACACUUCUGGCUCACCGGCCCCCUGUAGCGGUGCUGUGUCAGUGGUUUUUAAAAUCGUUCAAGUUUUGCAGUUACAAAUGACAACUGUAAUAAAAAUGUCCAACAGUGUAGCCAACAGUAACUCCUGGCAAGUCCUUCACCCUCCUGAACCCCCACAGAAAUGUCCCAGAACAAAGCUACAUGUGGGACAAGUUAUUUAACCCCAGAAAACAUUCCUGUCACGAAGGAAACAAAACCCACCUAAAUGGCCACAGCCACAAGAGACCUCACAGUCCAUCCAUGUCUGAAAAACCUUGACCAGUACCUAUAAUGAUCUCUUUUUUUAUACAUAUCCAACCCCCCUCUCAGGCUGAGCGUGACUAAGCUCCAGAAGAUCUGGACACAGUGGAAGACUUGCUAAUUGACACUGGUUGGGGAGAUGGAGUCACAAGACAUCCCGGGCAGGAUGAACUAGCACAGCUAGUCCAGUGAUUCACCUGGAGAAGCAAACUCCCUCCUGCAGUCACAAAUCCCCACAGACACACUUCUUCAAGCCCAAAAUCAAAAGCACAACUGAUGGAAGCCAGUGCCCUGAGUACAAGAUCAUUCAGGACUCACACUGAGAUGGAUGAUGGAGAUAAUGCCAGUGGUGAUAAGGAUGACAUGCCACCUUCUACUGUGUGACAGCUUCAGACUGGGAAGCCCUGCUCAAGAGGCCAGAGUAACCAUCAGGAUGCACUGAAUUAAAUCCUGGCUCUCUCCUAAAAGGAAAGGCUCUGGACACUUGCAGCAUUCCCACAAAGUGCCCAUCAUGCUGCACACAAGAGGGCAGUGCGUGCAGCACGCCAGCCUCUGCUGCUCUGGCAACGCCUUCCCGAGAAGCACAUGGAGUGACAUAUGUUGGGACUCAUCCCAGCUUUUUAUUUCACAGGUCUGCAAAGGGGAACGGGGGUGGGCACAAGGAACAGAAGGCAAAGGUGGCCCCUUGCACAGUACCAGAGAAGACUCAGGAUGAUUCUUUCCCACAAAAGAGCCCCUGAAGAUUCUGGCUCUUGACAACUGUCAGCAGAGACCACUGAGACAAAGGUCUUAAGACAAAGACCACAGCCACAAUUUACUAUUGAUUAAUAAAAUGAAACA